GUUAGGCGUAGGUCUGAAUUUGAAAAACAACGCGUCGAUGACGAUCGAUUUCUUCAGAGAGAAGAACGAUAUCCGACUGGGAGAAUACAAAUUCUACCAUCUCAUCUUCCGAGUCCUCACACACACUAUAUAUGUGCUUAUCUCCUUCUGAAACAGGUUUGUUUUGCUUCUGAUUCAGUCUGCGGAAAUCAAUUUGAUCUAGUCGUUGGAGAGUUUCAUCCGAGUAGACAGGAUGGUUGGUUUAGAGAUGAACGACUGGAAAAAGAUCGGGUUAGGAUUGACUGGAUUUGGUGUCUUUUUCUCGUUUUUGGGAAUCAUUUUCUUCUUCGACAAGGGGCUUCUUGCUAUUGGCAAUAUCCUAUUCAUCUCAGGAGUGAUAAUGACCAUUGGAGUCAAGUCCUCCUUGCAGUUCUUCAUGAAACGCAGCAACUUUAAGGGCACAGUUUCAUUUGGUGUUGGAUUCUUCUUUGUUAUCAUUGGGUGGCCUGUAAUAGGAAUGGCAGCAGAGGCUUAUGGAUUCAUUAUUCUCUUCAGUGGAUUCUGGCCUACACUAUCAGUUUUCGUGCAGAAGAUACCUGUUAUUGGUUGGAUUUUUCAACAGCCUUACCUUAGAUCGAUGCUGGAUCGUUAUCGUGGCAAAAGGGUGCCAGUAUAACUACUCAAUGGUGUGUCGUGGGUUCUUACCUUUACAACUUUUAACCUUUUUUGCUUGUUAAAUUAGAAAAUCAUUUGUUUUUUCUUUGCCAAUUUGGUUGUGUAUAUUUUCUAGAUAUUUCUUCAUUGCUUUUUUUUUUUACUUCCCAGUUUCCGUGGUUAUAUGAGGGUUAUAAGUCAUAGACCUUAAGCUGCUUCCAUUGGAUUAAACGGGUUUAGUAAGGCCCCCGUUUGUUUCAUAGAACAAGACUGUAAAGAACAAAACAAGAACAUAUUGUGUUUGGUGCGCAUUGCAUUAGACAGACUCAUGUUAAUGGGACACAAAUUACAUUUUA